UGGAGAGCGAAGCGUAAAGGGAAACAGUCUGGGAAAAAACGAGUGGGAACGGGAAGCGGGAAUGGCGGAGCCGGACCUGAUUACUCCCUGGCGAGAGGCUGGGCCAGGGCGCGGCCGGCGCGGCCGGGGGUUGUGCGCAAGGCGGCAGCGCCAUCCCCGUCAAAGGGGGCACUCACUGCAGGAUGCCUUGCCCUCCUCGGAGUCGCAGUAGCCGCAGUGGUAGCCGGCCCUGAGCCCCUUGUACUCUACCACCGAGGACAUCGCUGCUGCCGGCGUCCGGACGGGCCGGCCACGCCUCUCGGCGCCCCGGGGCCGACCUCGGCGGAGCGCUGGGGCCGCGGCGGGGAGGGGUGAAAAGCGACGGGUUUUUGUGCCCGGAGCUCCUCUGCGGGACCCGGGACUUUGCCGGGGCCUAGCCUCCCGAGAGCAGGGGUCCCAGAAUGUUAGUGUGGUUGGCAUUCGUGACCCCAGACACCGAAUUUGGGCCAGCCCUUUGCAUACUUCGUCGCGCUCUUUCCCACAUCCUGCGCAUUGUCAGGCCCAUUUUACUGAUGAAGAAACCGAGGCACGGAGGUUGUAACUCACCCAGUCAUUUUCUGCAGGUCUCGGUUGGAAGUUAUCCCCUCCUUUUUAGGCUGCCCCUGACCACCAUAGGUAGGUAACACGAACUUCUUCCAAACCAGAGGCAUAUGCUUAAAUGCCCAUAGAUAGAAGUACACAUGGGGGCAUGCUGUGGAUGGUGAGGAUUUGCGACCUAAAGAGUAGGCUCAACAAAACACUUUAGCAGGCGGAAUUCAACCCAUGGGCUUCCAGUUUGCAACCACUAUUUUAAAGAGGAUUUCCUAGGAAAUGGAGACAGGGCAAUGUAUAAAAACUGGCGCUUCCAACAAGAGACAUCUCAACGGGCCAUACAACUUUGUUCAGACAAAUGCUGCUUACGUGAAUGAAUGGUGUUGAGUAUGUUGAAGUGACUAUGAAGAAUCAUUUUCACUCAUUUGUAUUUCACAAGUGGUAUAUUCCCUCUUCCCUGUCUUUAACAAAUGACCAAUUAUGAGCAUAGUUCAAUAAUAUGAGACUAGAAACAUAUUAAACCAUUUCGGAGCUCACAGCCUCUGUAACAGCAGGUGGUUUUACCUGAGUGACCCAUGGGCUAAGAGAUGAUGCAUCUCCAUCCCUGGGACACGUACACACUCAUCUGAUCUCCACCAACCUGUGAGUUUACAAGCAGGAUCCACUCCAGAGCUUCCCACCAAUUCCGUUUCCAUGAGAAAUAAACAACAUGUAUUCAUAAAAAAACAGAAAUGCAAAAGAUGUGCUUGUUCCCUUUAAAGACUCUUUAACUGCACGGAGAAGGGACGCCUGUGCGGAUGAAGCACAGCCUUCUGGUUCCUGCCCAAAGCCAGGUGACCCGGCCAGGCCGAGUGAAAUUCCUUCCCUGCCUAUGUCUUCACAGACCACCUCACAGUAGUCUCACUCCAGGAUAGUGAUGACACACAAAAAAGGCUGUGACUCUUUUGGUUGCCCUAGAAAUCAACCAAAGCAUGCUAAAGGUUCAACAGUGGAGAGAAGGGGUGAAAGAGGACCGGAAACUUUAAUAACUGGAAAACAGUGUUUUGCAGACUAGAGAAUGAAAGAUUAGGGCACUGGAGUGCAGUUUAGGAGAGCAGACGCAAAGAGGAGGAGAGGAGAGCAAAGAUGUUGUACGUGAAGCUGGCGAUUGAGAGGGCAAUGGCUGAAAAAGAAGACACCAGAGAGAAACUGAGUGAGGCCAUCGGCAGAGUGGGCAUGAGGGAGGGUGCUGCCAGGAGAGGACCCGACGAGAGACAGUCGAAGGAUCCACGAGCAGUGCGCAGUCCCCCCUCGCAUCCUCCUUUGGUGACUGACUCAGAAUGGCUGGGUCUGAGUGCGGAAGAACAAUUGGCCUGGGCCAAAAAUACUCAAGACCCUCGGAUUGCAGUAGGUUCCCAGUCCCCACUAGAAAAGAAGAUUAAGAGUUUAGGUGGAGUCCAUUCUUCAGGAGUGAGGAGACUGUUAGCCCAAAAGUUUCAAAAGGAGAAUGAAACACUUCAUAAACUCAAGGCUGUGUCCUUUGACUUCCGGUUUGCCAAAGCAGAGGCACACUACUAUCAGCGAUACAAAGAAAUGAUGCUGGAAGAAGCAUGGAAUUACAUAAUGGUUCCAAAACGGGAGAUAAAGAUAGAGGAAGAAGAAAAGAGACCACAAAGUGAAAAGACAGAAGAUGCUAACAAAUGGGACUACCUGUUGCCUGAGAGGGAGCUGACACAGAUAGAGAAACACAUAUACCGAGCCAAACGAGCCAGAGGCCUCCGAGACCACAAGUAUCGACGGAUCCCUCAGAGGAUUCCAAGUGAAACACUUUUCCCCAAAAUAUUAACAUUGGGGAAGGAAGACAAGAGUGAAAACAUCCAGAAAACAGACAACACUAAAAUCAAAAUGCACAAGGUAUCAUGGGCAAAGAAACAGGUAAAGGGACAUCAAGAUCGAAUGAUUCGAGGGAGAGAACUCACAGAGCAAAGAAAUGAUAAAAGAGAUGCUGAGAAAAUCUCUAGCCAAAUUCCUCCUUUCCCAAAGUCCCAAGUGGAGAAAGAGGAGGUGAAAGAGUUUGAAUGGGUCACAGCCUAUCCAAUUCUCCAGCCUUACCAGGAAGCACUUAUAGAAGUAACUUUUCUGAUGGAAAAGUCAAAAGACAAUGAAAUUACAAAACCACUGUGCAGGGAGCUCUUGAGUAUGCCACCAUUUUUAAGAAGCCAACUAGAAAAAAAUAAACUUUAAAUUAUUUUUGUGA